AUGUUGGACUGUGAGUUAGCCAUUGAUGGAUUGCUUUGGUGUUCUAUGAUUGCAAGAGAUGUAAUUGGUGAAGUUAUUGCUUGUGAGACAAUGGUGACUCUUCUAGAUAAUAAUGGAAAAGCCAAAAGAAGGAUGCAGGUUGAGAUGCAGGAGUUGGAGGGGAUUAAAAUGCAAGUGAUAUUGUGGGAUGCAUUCGCUCAGGAAUUGAAUGAUUAUGUUUCUACUAACAAGGACAACGGGAUUGUUAUUCUUGUUAUUCAGUUUGCAAUGGUCAAAAUUUACAGAGAAAGACCAUUUCUUUCUAACUCAUUCAAUGGUACGAGGUUGUUCAUCAAUUCGGAUAUUGAUGAAAUCAAGGAUUUUAAGAAAAGUUUGACUCCGGAAAGUGGCGAAUCUAAAUCGUCACAACAUAUUUCAAUGCUCUCUGGAUUGUCUUAUUCAUAUCGUGAAGAUUUUCUAGACAAAACCAGUAGAGCAAACAUUGUUGAAAUUAGUGAGACUGUUGAGGUGAAAUCACUAAUUAUAUUAGGAACAGUGAAAGCAUUUAGGACAGAUGUCCCUUGGUUUUACAUGGGUUGCACGAGGUGUAACCGCAAGAUGCAGAGGUUCAAAAUUUCUUUGAGAGUUCAAGAUGAUACUGGAAUUGUAUCAUUGAAAUUAUUUGAUCGAGAAGCUAAUAAAGUUUUGAAUCAAAUGGCAACAGAGUUGUUUGAAAAAGUUAAAGAGAGUGGUGAUUUAGAUAUGUUUCCGGAUGACUUGGAUGUUUUGCUUGAUCGGAGGUUUGCAAUAAAGAUUGAGAUAACUGAUUACAAUAUUAAAAACAGAUGUUUCAUUUAUUGCAUUUCAAAGCUAACAGAUGAUGAUGCCAUUUUGAAUGAAUUGGAGAUGAGAUGCACUUCUCAACAGCCUGCUGAAUCAGAAUCAGUAAAUCUGCAUUCAACAUAUUUCAGUUCUCAAGAUAAGUUAAAGGAUGUUGUUUCAUUUACUGGUGAGAAUGCAACACCAUCCGAUGUCGAUAAGAGCACUGCAGACAGUCUGGAAUCAGAAGAGAAGUUGUAUGACAUAAGGCUUGGGAAAGGAGUUGAUAGGAAGCAGCAUUUUGAAAGUUGGUCUGAUGCCAAUCAGGAAGGUAAAGGAUCGGCUAUAAAAACAUUAAAGAUCCCUAAAGUUGAAAAGUAA